AUGUCUGUUGAGCUUGAGCCCGCCGAAUUGGGCUUUCGACGCCCGUUUAACCAAGAAGUCACCGAAACUUUACAUCUACGCAACCCUCACUCCGAUCCUGUUGCCUUCAAGGUACCGUUGUUGUUGUUGUCUUCUGCCCUCUUCCGCAUGGUAAACAAACAGCUGACGGAUCUCCUCACGCUUCAGGUCAAAACCACGGCGCCACGAAAAUAUUGCGUUCGCCCAAAUUCUGGCCGUAUUGAGCCGGGCAAACAUAUGGAGGUUCAAGUACUCCUGCAAGCUAUGAAAGAGGAUCCUCCGUUGGAUGUCAAAUGCAAAGACAAAUUUCUUGUCCAGUCUGUGGCUGUUUCUGCAGACAAAGAAUUCUCAAAUGUAACUUCAAUUUGGCACGACGUUGAAAAAACUGCCAAGCAUUCCAUUCAAGAACGAAAAAUCCGUGUCAAUUUCCUGCCCCCUCUAGAUGCAUCCCAGCCAAACGGAGUCGACAAGCUGAAAACUGAAUUUCUGUUUCCGCGUCAGGCGUCGGAAGACGAUUUGGCUAAUUUACAAACGUCUCCCGCAAAUGCGAAGUUCGAGACACCAUCGAUGCCCACCCGUGCAGCUCCAGUCAUCAUGGAGCCUCCCAUUGAGCCCCCCAACUUUAAAUCAGGAUCCUCCGAGCCUAGUGCCCCAGAGGCACUUAAACAUGCUGCAGAAGACGUGAAGUCAGAAGCAUUUUCCGGAUCGUACGAGGAUCUCAAGUCCCAGCUCCAAGAAGCCAGAGCUCAAAUUCAGCAGCUGAAACAACAGCUUGCUGAAAAUGAAAUACGGCGGAGGAAAGUGCCAGCUGCAGCCAGUAAUCCACCAGAACUUGCUACCAUACAACAACAAUCGCAUCCAUCUUCUGAAGCGGGCGUCCCGUUGCAGGUGGUUGCAGGUCUCUGCCUAAUAAGUUUCCUCCUGGCAUACGUCUUCUUUUAG